AUGUCUAUCAAAGUAGCUACGAGAGUCAGACCAUUCAAUGAUCAUGAAAUUUAAAAAAAUCAACCAUUGUGUAUUGCUAUGAAUGGUAACAAGACUAUCCUAUUUGGUAUAAGUGACUUAUCAAUUAAGAUUCUGAUAAAGAAAAAGUUUUUCAUUUUGAUUAUUCUUUUUGGUCUCAUGAUAAAUUUGAAGUUGAUGAGAAAGGUUAUCGUAAACCACUUCCAAAUUCAGGAUAUGCUGAUUAAAAUAUGAUAUUUAAUACUGUCAGAAAGGAUACAAUAAAUCAACUGUUUUAAGGAUAGAAUUGUUGCAUUUUAACUUUUGGAUAAUAAAAAGUAUUAACUAAGAUUAUCUUUUUUAAGUCUGGCAGAUCUUAUACUUUAUCAGGAAGUGAUGAUAAUUAAGGAUUGAUUCAUAAUUUUGUGCAAGGAAUUUUUUAGUAAUUAUCUUAAAGUUAAACAAUUAAUACAAGUAAUGACUAACUAUUUAUUAUUUAAUAGAAUAUGAAGUUUACACCAGUAUGCUAUUUAUCUCUAAUGAAAAUGUUUAUGAUUAACUUUCUCCAACAAAUUUCUAAUAACUAAAAGUUAGAGAAAAUGCACUUUAAGGAGUUUAUGUUGAAAAUCUAAUUGAAGAAUAGUUUGAUUCACCUGAAAGCUUUGAAUAAAUUAGAAAAAAAGGUUUAAAUUCCAUUUUAAAAUAUUAAACAAUGAUGAGUAUUCUGUAAUUUUGUUGUAUUUAUAGUUAUUAGUCUUACACAUAUACAUACAAUCUUCCAAAUAUAAAUUAAAGAAACUAAAAUGUUAGAUGAUUAAUUAAUAGAGAAUUUUAGAAGGAUAAAUUUUGGAGAUCUUGCUUGCUUAGAUAAAUCAAUUAAGAUUAACAACUCUAGUGGAUAUUAAUCCAUAAGUAAUUAAAUUUUCUAAAAUAGGUGUGAAUAUUGGAAAAUCACUAUCAACAUUGGGGGAGGUUAUUUGUAAAAUAUUAAUGUAAUCUCAAUAAUAAGAUCAAAAGAUUUAUCCACCUUACAGAAAUUCUAAAUUAACCAGGAUUUUACAACAGACUUUGAAUUUAAAAUCGAAUAUAAUUCUAAUUUUAACAAUUAGCCCAGCCAUUAAUGCUUUUGAACAAACAUUAGGUAACCUUCGGUUUGCAUAUCAAUUUAUGAAAAUUAAGAAUAAUGAUGGCUGUAAGUAAAAGAUAGCAGAGAAUAAUUAAUUUCUAAAUUAAAAUGAAGCAGAAACCCAAAUUUAAACAUAAACAAAAAUAGUUUAAAGCAAUAUCAAAUAAUAAAUUGAAAAUAAAUAAGAUUGCGAAAUAUAUUAAAAUACAUAAUUUAUUGAAAAAUUUAAUAAAUCAGAGGAAAUGUAUAGUAAUAAUGAUAUUCAGUAUAAAGCAGUGAUUUCGCAAAGAGAUGGAAUUAUUGAAUUGAAACCUUUUUCUCAGGAAUCUUGUGAAAAUAUUUUUGUAAAUAAUCAACAAAUAAAAGAAUUAACAAAAUUGUCUCACAAUGAUAGGAUUACUUUUGGAAAAUCAACUACUCUAUUAGUAUAAUAUUUUGGAUAAGAGAAAAUACAAUCUGAUUCAAAUAUAAUCUUUGUAGAGAAGGAUACAACAAAAACAUCUGAAAAUAAUCCAAUCAUUGAAGAUGUUAAUAAAAGUAUAGAUUUUGAACAAUAAUUAAAUUAAUGA